CCUAGAUGGUAUUUAGCACAGCGUAGCUGGCUCCUACAAGAUUCAAACGCCAAGCUACUGCAACUGCUGCUCUGAGCAGGACCUUUCAGGACCAGACUCCUUCCUGAGACCCACACCAGAGAGGGGAGGAAGAUGAGCACUGAGGGCAAAGUUAUUAAAUGCAAGGCGGCUGUCGCCUGGGAAGCAGGGAAGCCUUUGGCUAUCGAGGAAAUUGAAGUGUCCCCCCCCAAAAGACACGAAGUUAGAGUAAAGAUUGUUGCCACUGGUGUAUGCCGCACAGAUCAUCAUGCUGUCAAUCCUAGUUUCAAGGAGGGUGUUUUCCCAGUGAUCCUGGGCCACGAGGGAGCUGGAAUAGUGGAGAGCAUUGGACAAGGAGUUACUAAAUUUAAACCAGGUGACAAGGUUAUUCCCCUCUACAUGCCUCAGUGCGGCCACUGCAAGUUCUGUUUGAACCCUAAGACCAACCUUUGUGAGAAGAUCAGCAAGGUUAAAACACCGAUUUCAGAUCAAGACGUGAUGUCUGAUGGGACGAGUAGAUUCACCUGCAAAGGGAAGCCCCUUUAUCACUUCAUGGGGACUAGCACCUUCUCGGAGUACACUGUUGUGUCAGAAAGCUCUCUUGCCAAAAUUGAUGCUGCUGCUCCUCUGGACAAAGUUUGUCUGAUUGGUUGUGGAUUUUCCACUGGCUAUGGAGCUGCCAUCAAUACCGCACAGGUUGAGCCGGGUUCCACCUGUGCUGUCUUUGGCUUGGGAGGCGUUGGCCUUUCAGCUGUCAUGGGCUGUAAAGCUGCUGGAGCUUCUAAAAUUUUGGGGAUUGACAUCAACAAAGACAAAUUUCCACUAGCUAAAAAGCUGGGAGCGACUGAUUGCCUUAACCCUCAAGAUCUCAGACAGCCCAUUCAGGAGCUUAUAGCUGAAAUGACAAACGGUGGUGUGGAUUUUGCCAUUGACUGUGUCGGUAUUCCUGAUGUCAUGAAAGCUGCCUUUGAAAGCACAACAGUGGGCUGGGGAACAUUUGUCAUUGUCGGAGUGGCUGUUAGUGAGCAAUCGAUCCCUGUCUCUCCAAUGCAGCUGAUAAUGGGACGGAAAAUAAAAGCCACCUUCUUCGGAGGCUGGAAGAGCGUGAACAGCGUACCGAAGCUGGUGUCUGAUUAUAUGGCAAAGAAAUUUGAUCUGGAUGCCUUGGUGUCACAUACUCUGCCAUUUGAGAAAAUCAGUGAUGCUUUUGACCUUAUGAUUACAGGAAAGAGGAAGAAGCAUGACGAGUGGAGCUCCUGGGCACUUCUUCACAACCUUCCCUCACAAGCAGGCAGCUCCAUUUAAUCCUUGAACUUCACACUGAUGAGCACCAGCAGUGUUUCAUGCACCUCGUCCUUUGGCAUGGACAUGCUUAAACCUACAGCUUCUGUCCUACCUAGCGCGGAGCUUCAGAAAUGGAUUUUUUUUCUAUCUAUCUGCCACAAACCUGGGGAGCCCAGAGAUGAGUCUUUUGGGCUUUGGGGCUUCUGGCUACUGAUAAGGACGUCAAGAAACCUAAUCACAAUAGACAUGUGCCUUAGAAGCAUAUAAAAUGUGACAAUAACAACAGGUCUUUGGAGCUCCCUCUCAGCUGGUCUGGGACUCCCCCCUUAUUGCGUCCUGCACACUUGAGACCCUUGCCCAACGUGGAACAGGUCGUAUUACCCCUGCUUGCUCUGUAUGUAAUGUAGUGUGUUAUUUUUACCCUGUUAAAUACGGAACUUGCUACAUUGUUUAAACUCUCUUGCUUAAGGAUACUGGUGUACUUAAUAAAUAUCUGAAACCUGAUAA